AUAUUGAAUCAAUGCACAAGACUGAAGUACUGCUACUUUGGUGGCCAAGUAAAUGUGCGGCUGGACAAGCUAAUCUAUGUACUUUUUACCUUGACAGCUGACAAACUUUUCAAAAGAGAUGUUGCACUUAUAAAAGGCAAAGUCGACCAUCGCAAAUCUGCUACCUUCAAAAAGCACAAAGCAGGCGUUGAUAUUCAGACAUCCGAUAUGGACAGAGUGAGAGAUGGCGUAUGGCAGGUAAAAUCUCAGAGCAUAGUUAACUUUCAUCACAUCAUGAAAAAGACUGGCAGGACUUGCACACGUUGUGAGCUCCAUUGCAAGCACUGUGAGGCUUGCCAUAGCAUGUGCACCUGUAAGAAGAAAACAGAAAAAAGAAUUGAAAACUUCCAAGUGCAAGCUGAGGCUGCUUUUCAACAUAUAUUGAAAAACCUUCCUGAAACAAGUUGCGAGAAGAUGGAUUCUAUAGAACAUGACUUAACGAAGUUAGUUAAAAAGCACAAGCUUGCAGACGUGAGAGAACCUGCAGGAAAGCUUAGAUUGGUGCCUGCAAACAAAAACCUUCAGAAACAGCGGAGGUAUGCAGCACCCAAAAAGAGCAAAUCUAAAAUGGCACUAGGUCAUCGGCCAACUGUACUGGAGCAAGAAGCAAUAAAGCGGGAUCCUUUAGGUGGGGAAAUGAACAGCAAAACCUUAUUUAUUCAUACUGGGAAUGACCAUCAUUACUGCAGGCCAGCAAAGUAAGCUUAGUAGUAGUGUGGUAGUAGCUUAGUUGUGUAGAAAGCCAGGGAAAAUGCUGUUUUUGUUUAGACAGGCAGAGCACGGUUGUCAUAAGCAAGGCAUGCUUUGCCUGCACUACGGCAUAAUUAAGUAUUAUCAGUGUGGCAUGAGAAGCGUUUCUAGGCUCGUUGUGUGCAAUGUGGUGUUGCAAAUGGAUGCAGAAUAUAAUGUGCAGCAGUGCGACUGUGGAUUGGACGGUGGUGUGUUAGAGCGCGAGAGGCAUCUCUGAGCUGGUCACGUGCUUCUUGUGUGUGUGUAGUGUAAAUAGACAUUAUAUGCAGACAUGGUGUCCAAAUGAAUGGUGUGUGCGUUAAAGUGCGAGAGGCGCCUCUGAGCUGGUCACGUGCUUCUUGUGUGUGUACAGUGUAAAUAGACAUUAUAAGCAGACGUGCUGUCCCAUUGGAUGGGACAUGCUGUUGGUAGAUGUGCAGUGGGCUUCUGCUAAGCUGAAUGGAUCUGGUUAGCCAUAUUCCUUACACAGUACAAACAAGACACUUAAUGCAAGCUAGGUUUGACGGCUUGCACUUGUGUUUUAUUAGACCAAACUUAACCAACAUGAACGAAAAUAUCUACACAGUGGAAACAUGAAGUGAUUACAAUUGUUCGAAUGGCCCCUGUGUGCUUUUAAGAGUUCAGAAAAAUGUAACGUUAAGGGCAAGCAAGAUUUAACUCGUUGGAACAGUGGAGAAAGCAACUGCUGAAUUCCUUGAAGCACUACUACAAGCUACUGCUGCUGAUGAUGACAGCAAAUAUGCUGAUUCUGAGGCAUCACCAAUAACACACAAUAGCAGUUUACUGUAUUGUCUGUACAAGCCCUCUGCAGUAUAUUGAGCAAGUUUGGAAAGUGUUUUAUCCUGACAACUGAAUUAUGUCACAAUGAGUGUGCACAUUACAGUUAUCUAUAAGCAAUUACAGGCUGUGUAUUACCUUCUUCCUAUAAGACUAGUUUGUGUUGACUUCUGCAGCUGCACACAACAAAAGUGUGCAACUUUCUUUCUCCUUUAAUUUCACCUUAACAGAGAGUCCACUGUACGUGUACGUAAUGUGGAUGUAUUGCAGACUUUGCUGUCACUGCACAGCCUGUGAGUGUUUUCCUUGGGCAAUUCGCCUACUGUUUGAACGUGGAGAAACCCGGGCGGAAGUAUUUGAAGCAAAGGAAAUGCGGUGGCAUGGUUGGAAACUUGAGAUGCAGUUUGUUUGCUUUGCAUCCAAACAAAAAUUAACACCAAAGGAUUGCACGAGGCAUUUUCUUGCAGCAUGUGUGCAUGAGCGAAAUUUCUGUCAAUCCACAAUCAUGAUGCUGCACUCUGCAGGGAUCUUACAGGUGCACAUUCCAUCAUUGGCUGCCCUGGACCACCUCAGCAGAUUGUCACCGUGCUACAAGAACACCAAUGUCUUAAUGCUA